AAUGUCCAACCCAGCCUCGACGCUUGCGCCGUCCCCCGUCGCCGCUCCACGCUUGUCCAACGAACGCUCCAAGGAAGAACUCGAACUCGCCGAACGACUGAUCGAGCACUCGCAAGGCAUUCAGCAUGGCGCUCCGAUAGUCGACCGACGCACCACUCCCUCGACAGCAGAUGGUGGAAGCAGAAACGGCGGAGAUGUCGAGCCAUUGUCUGAAGAUGGUGGUAGUGAGACAAGUCUCUCAGCGCAACAACAACAGCUCACGCCGCAAAACUCACAUCACCAGCAACAACAAAAUCUCCAACUGCCAUCUAUCCACGAACUCACCUGGGUCAAACAGAGGAAACCAUUCAACACAGGCAUGGGAGGAGCAGGCCAAGUGUGCAGCAAUUGCGGUACAACGAGAACACCACUUUGGCGACGUUCCCCAGCUGGCGACACGAUAUGCAACGCUUGUGGACUCUAUCUCAAGGCCCGAAAUCAGAUGCGACCCGUCAACCUAAAACGCGGAGCUCAAGCAUCACCAGCAGGCCAGCAGCAGCAACAAGAACACCAGACGACAGCAUCAGGCAACAGAAAGAGCUCAUCACCAACGGCAACAACUAAGCAGCUUGGAGGAGCAACGUAUGUCACCGACACGACGUCGAACGGCACAUGUCCUGGCGGAGGUCGUUGCAACGGAACUGGAGGUCACGAUGGAUGUAAUGGAUGCCCGGCAUACAACAACCGGGUUAGCAAGACAGCGCAGAUUGCUCUGGCACAAGCAAACGACAGCCGAGCACAAGGUCAACAUGGCGCCAGUCAGAGCCCGUACCCGCACGCGCAGAACAGCCCGGGACCAAGCCAGGCGCCGGCGGCCAAUGUCACGGUGGCCUGCCAGAAUUGUGGUACGACAAUUACGCCAUUGUGGAGACGCGACGACAACGGACACACAAUCUGCAAUGCUUGUGGUAUGUUUGCGACAACCUGUUAUCUUAUCUUGAUCAGUUCUGAUUUCAAUCUCUANGGUCUCUACUACAAGCUCCACGGCGUGCACCGCCCUUCCGGCAUGAAGAAGUCAGAAAUCAAGCGUCGCCGUAGAGUCAUGCCUGCUACCAGCGAUCAGCACCUCGCUCCCUUCUCCGUCAAAAACACACAACCAAUCUCGCCUCCUCCUGAGCCCGCUGCUCCAAGAUCCGUACCUCCCUUCUACCCUCCGUCGCAACAACAACAGCACCACCAGCACUCCGAACACUCACACUCCCACCAACUUCCUCCACCUUCGUUCGAGCCCGCUCGCCUUCCCCGCGCGCCCAUCGCUGUCGACUUUACGCAUUUCGGCAAGCCAUCACGUCCGACAUCGGCUGAGCAGCCCGAAUCCGCCCAGCCUUCGAAUCUACCAGUCUCGCGCAAACGAUCUUUUUCCAUCAGUGAUGCCUCAGAUCAAGCACACCAACCUCCUUCGCCGGCUUAUCCUCAUAGCGAUCGAAGUCAAAGAAGCGAGGCCGAGAACAUAGAUCCUUCCCUUUCUUCUACAGCCCCUACACCAGGAUUCAAUGCUUCGAUCCAGGACCACAAGGCCCCGCAAGCCAUCAUGGGCGCCAGAGAGUCAACGCCAUCUGGUCAAUCUUCGCGACAAGAGAAGAGAGCCCGACUGGAACAAGAGAUGGCGAUGAUGAGGGAAGCGCUGUUGGCCAAAGAAAGAGAGAUGGCCGAGUUAGGCGAC